AUGGAUGCUGAUGUCAUGGUAGACCCCAGAGUGCAGUCAAGUCGGGAGAGUCAAUACAACUUUGGUAUUGUAGAAGGACUCAUGACCACAGUCCACGCCAUCACUGCCACCCAGAAGAUCGUGGAUGGCCCCUCUGGGAAGCUGUGGCGUGAUGGCCGUGGGGCUGCCCAGAACAUCAUCCCUGCAUCCACUGGUGCCACCAAGGCUGUGGGCAAGGUCAUCCCAGAGCUGAACAGGAAGCUCACAGGCAUGGCCUUCCGUGUUCCUACCCCCAAUGUGUCCGUCAUGGAUCUGAUAUGCCACCUGCAGAAACCUGCCAAGUAUGAUGACAUCAAGAAGAUGGUGAAGCAGGCAUCCGAGGUCCCACUAAAGGGCAUCCUGGGCUACACCGAGGACCAGGUUGUCUCCUGCGACUUUAACAGUGACCCCUACUCUUCCACCUUUGAUGCUGGGGCUGGCAUUGCUCUCAUUGACAACUUUGUGAAGCUCAUUUCCUGGUACGACAUUGAAUUUGGCUACAGCAGCAGGGUGGUGGACCUCAUGGCCUACAUGGCCUCCAAGGAGUAAGAAGCAUGCCCUAGACCACCCACCCCAGCAAGGACAGCAAGAGGGACCCUCCGCUGCUGAGCAGUUCCUGUCCCAUCUCAGCCCCCGAUACUGAGCAUCUCCCUCACAGUUUCCAUCCCAGACCCCCGAGAACAACAGGAGGGGCUUAGGGAGGCCUACUCUCUUGAAUAACAUCAAUAAAGUUCACUGCACCCAUCAAAAAAAA